AUUGCAAAGUUCCAUUAUUCAAUGCUUCUGUAUAUUUGCUUCUCCUUUCAUCAUCAAAUGUAUUUAACAUAGUGUAAUUAAUAUAACUUAAUUUCUGCUUUUUCUAUUGACAGGAGGCAAAACGUCCAUGUCGCCCUGCUUCAGUGUUCCAGAUACUGAUGGAGCAGUGGAGGAGACAAUAUAUAACCCACAUAUGUCCAACGUCUAUAGCCAGGAUGACACAAACAUUGCCCUUGACCUGGACAAUGAAUCUCUUUCAGACCCCCUUCCACCCUUGCCCCCACCCCUUCCACCCCUGGACAGCCCUGAACUGUCUCUGCCCCAGGAACCGAGCCCCCCUCCACUGCCUGCCAUCAGUCCAGCACGCCCCACCACUUUGUCUCUAAAAACACUUCCCCGACCCACAAUCCCCAACACUAUGGCUUCCACCACCACCUCCAUUACCAGAGAGAAUGGUGGACCGCUAAGCAAAGACCCUGAAGAAGAUGAGAAGAAGGUGAUGGAGGAAGAGCUAAAGAAAUGCAUCGAGGAUUUCAGGAAAAUCCGCAUACCAAAACUUUUCCCUGACCGCAAGAGGCACUGGCAGAGCGAUCUGCUCAAAAAAUAUAAUGCGUAAUAUUAAUAAAACACCCUGCUGAAAACACCA